AUGUUGCUAGUUUUGAGUUGCCUGGAAUUAGAUUUGAUUACUGAUAUGAUCUUCAUUUUUUCAAAUACUUGUGUUGUUUGGGCCAACGCAGCAUCGGGAAUGGCUGUUCAUGAUGACUGCAAGCUGAAGUUUCUAGAAUUGAAGGCAAAAAGAACUUAUCGCUUUGUGAUCUUCAAGAUUGAAGAGAAGCAAAAGCAGGUUAUAGUCGAAAAGCUUGGUGAACCAACCGAAAGCUAUGAGGAUUUCACAGCAUGCCUCCCUGCUAAUGAGUGCCGAUAUGCUGUGUACGACUUUGAUUUUGUAACUGCUGAAAAUGUUCAAAAGAGCAGGAUUUUCUUCAUUGCUUGGUCUCCUGAUACAUCAAGGGUGAGAAGCAAAAUGAUUUAUGCAAGCUCCAAGGACAGGUUCAAGAGAGAGCUGGAUGGUAUUCAGAUAGAGUUGCAAGCAACCGAUCCAACUGAGAUGGGUCUUGAUGUUAUUAGAAGCCGAGCUGGUGGACCAUAAACUGCCAUCCACGUAAUGGAGAGUUCUCCAUACUCUCUGCUUCACGUAAAUGUCUAUAGUUUGCAGAACAUGAAAACCUUGAUUAGCUAUAAUAUUGGCUUGUUGGUUAUCUUUACUCUUUUAAGUCAUGUCUUAAUCAAGAACAGCAAUGAUUUUAAGAAUACUGUAUGUGGUGUGAUUUUGUCAAACAUAAAUGAUGAUUGUUGGGGAUAGAUAUGAUAUGUUUGUUUUUGCCUAUCUUAUGGAUUCAUCUCGUUCUUGAUACUGAAAUGUUGGUAAACGGGCAUAAGUUCUUUUUUAUUUGAGAACCUGUUCUUGCUUUCUCUUUGUUCCAUGAUACUGGAAUUUGUCGGAACUUUUUCUCACUUAUGCCAUGGUUUGUAGUCUCUAAUAUAGCCUUUGGUGAUUCAGUUACUGGAAGCAGAGUUUGUGGUGUAAUGUACCUAUGCAUGUUUUAUGUUUCAUCGGUAUAGGAGGGUAGUAGCUAU